CGUGGGCUUUCAACACCCGGAAAACCGGCGUUGAGCUUCACCCUUCAAAACAAAGCUGUUAAAUAAGGUUAUUUAAGCUCCAAGUUUUAACAUAUUCUUACUUUUAUAGGUUUAAAUUACAUCCGUUGUUCAGCAGAGGUGUUCUCCAACAUGCUACAGGCUUUGAAAGGAGUCAGACACCUGCAAACCAGUGCAAUGAAACAAGCAGUUUCAGAGCUCACCAUCCAGGUCCCAUGGGGAGAGAUCAGAGGGAAAGUCUGGGGUCCUGAUCAAGGCCGUCCUGUGCUGUGCCUGCACGGCUGGGCUGACAAUUGUGGCACAUUUAACACCCUCAUUCCCCUUCUACCCAAAGAGUACAAAUAUGUGGCGGUGGACCUGGCAGGUCACGGUCUGUCAUCACAUCGUCAUCCUGGAGUUUUCUACUCAUUUCCUUAUUAUGUGAUGGACGUACGCAGAGUCAUUGACGCUCUGCAGUGGAGCCAGUUCUCCAUCAUAGGCCACAGUAUGGGUGGUAACAUUGCAGGAAUGUUCAGUGCUCUGUAUCCAGAGAUGGUGGAUGGUGUCGUACUGCUGGACUCUUAUGGAUUCUUACCUACAGAUCUGAAAGAAAUGUCCAAAGUGACAAGGCAGGGGAUCGAUCAGAUGGUUCAGUUUGAAAAAACGACGGAGGAGAAGAAGCGAAGAGUUUACUCGUAUGAAAACGCAGUAGAGAGGCUGUCGACUGCAAACCCGACUCUGUCUGAACGGUCUGUGAGCAUCCUGUUAGAGCGAGGUCUAGUUCAAGUGGAAGGAGGUGUGGCGUUUACCCGAGACGUUCGUAUUAAUCUGAAAAAUAUAGUGCGCAUCAGUUUGGAGCAAAGUCUGGAAUUCCAGUCGGCAAUACAAGCCCCCGUUCUAGUUGUUCUAGCAGAGGACGGCUUUGAUAAACUAUAUGCUGAACCAGAUAACAAAUUUACAUCAGCAAUCCUCCAGGCCUAUAGGGACAGAAAUCACACGGUGGUGAAAGUACCAGGCGAUCAUCACGUCCAUCUGAAUGAUCCCGAAGUCGUUGCUCCACUUGUGUCUGACUUCCUGCAGACCAAAGUGUUGACACAGCCAGCAUGACUAACCAACGGAAAGACCUCGAAGCUAUAGCCAAGACACAAAAAAUAUUUCCGUUUUGCCUUAAGUCAUAUUACAAUGCUGAUUUUUAAUAACUUUUUAAAAAAUUGUUUGUAUUCAUACUGUACUGUUUACACAUACCUUCGGUGUUAAAAUCUGUCAUCCAGCUAUCGUAGCAUCAACUAAUGUAAAAAAACAGCCAAAACAUAUAUCAUUCACAACCAGUUUCAAUCAAUUCAGUGAGUUCAUAUGAAGUCUGUGUUGGUCAGAUGUUUUCAUAUGGUGUUGUAUGUACCUAAACAGAAAUGACAAUGAUGUAACACAUCACUUUACUUCACAAAGAAACAGUGAAAAGUAACAGAGAGACAUUUUCUCAAAAGUGUACUCCACCUAUUUAGCAUUGCACUCCUAAAAUACAGUUGGAUUCACGAUUGACAGUUUAAAAAAAAAAAAAAAGGGAUCAAAAUUGAUGCAGCAGAAUCAGAGAUAUCAUCUUUACUCUAUUCCACUCAUUCGUCUUCCUUGUCAAAACCGGGCACCUACAUUACCCACAAUGUAACUUGACCACGGACAGUUCUUUUUGUUGAAUGAAAUUGUUUUGUUGAACAACAAACUUUGCCAGUAGGACUAAUAUCAAUAAAGUUACUAUCUAUCUAUC